AUGGCUCCUCCAGCUUGUCAAACCGCUGAAGGUGUUCGAAGACUCCGAGACAAUACUAAAGCAACUCUACUUGCUCAUCAGACAUGGGCUCAAAGCGCCUCGGAUAAAUCGACCAGGGAAAUACAAAGACGAAUUCAGCAAAUUGAUGCAAAGUACGCUGAGAUUACGGCACUCAAUGAUGAGUUAUUACUGUUAGACGCGGAUGAAACAAGUGAGUUUAUUAUCGAGAUGGAAGCUGUUUAUCUCGAAUUAAUAUCCAAGUUAGAAACUAUACUAGAUGGUCGUGUGACAAAUGACGUAGAUAAUAAUUCUGCUAUGGGCUCCGAGUACCGUAGUUGUCAUGACGAUGCGCCAACCGUUCGCCUGCCGAAACGCAAUCUACCACAGUUCAGUGAUAAGACUGAAGAUUGGCCAAGCUUUUACCAACGGUUUACAUCCAGUUUACGCUCCUCCAGGCUUACCGAUUUUGAUCGUUUUGAAUACUUGCUAGAUUGUGUUAAAGGUGAGGCUUACGAUUUAAUCAAAGGUAUACCGUUACUUGAAGGAAACUACCAGUCAGCAAUCAAGGUUCUACGUAAACGAUUCGAGAAUAGACGUCUGAAUCUACGCCUGUUCCUGAACAAGUUGUUCCAGUUACCGUCUGCAGCAGACAGCGAUCCGGAUUCUCUUCGUAAGCUGAUUACUACUAUCACCUGUACGGUUCGUGCUCUUGAGAACAUGGACUUUAAGCUCGACCUACUCUCCAGCGAAUUAAUCAGCCAGCUUAUCGUUUCGAAACUCGAUAAGCGUACCCGAGAGCUUUGGGAAAUGACCUUGAGCGAAGAGUUAGCCAAAGCGGACAAAACCGAAGAGGAGCCCGACGACGAUAAACCUAGCUCCUAUACCCAGUUGAUGGAAUUCUUAGAACUCAGACUACGUGUGCUCUCCUCUGUGUUCGUUGGCGAUCGGCCCAAGAAAGAAUCGAGUGAGGCGAAAUCUCAACGUACUCGUACUGCAGCGUUAGUUACUACUACCACAACAGCCAACGGAACGCCGAAUACGCCACCUCCGAAUUCAGCUGGUUCACCUCAGACUACAGCAGCUCCUCGUUCCUGCCCGUGUUGCAACCAGAUACAUCCGUUGUACCAGUGUGCCAACUUCAAAGCUCUCAGUAUUGCAGAUCGCUACAAAAAGGUUCGAGAUGAACGAUUGUGCGUGAACUGCUUCUCAAAGGGUCAUUACGCAGCCCAAUGUCGUUCGAUUCACUGUCGGCAGUGCGACAAGCUCCAUCAUACGUUACUACACUCAGAGUCUACUGUCGACCCGCCGAAGCCUCCGCCUACUGAUCCGUCAUCCGGUACCGGCCCUCAACCGAAUUCAGGUCCUCAGCCAGAUCCGAAGGUCGUAGUCACGGUAGUAUCGAGGCGACGCACCGGCGGCGGCGUGUUACUUGCAACUGCAAUCGUAAUGGCGAAAUCAGCGCACAGUUCGUGUGAGGCGACGAUUCUGCUCGACGGCGCAUCGCACACUUCCUUCGUUACAACACGACUUCAGAAACAGCUCAACUUACCUACUUCACCGUUCAAUGUGACGAUCAGCGGUAUUGGCAGCGCCGCAGCGAAUUCCAGUCUACGUACCAAGGUGCAACUUUCUGCGCAUGAUUCAUCAUUCUCCAUCGACCUCUCGGCGUUAGUGAUUGAUCGAAUUACUGAGCCCCUUCCCUGCGACGCAUUCACCAUUCCUCCAGAAUGGCAGGUGGAAGGUAUAAGGCUCGCUGAUCCGAAGUUUAACGAACCCAAAGAGAUUGACAUACUAAUUGGAGCAGACACAAUGUACGAUAUACUACAACCAGAAUUUCUACGUCGACCGAAUCUACCUGUGUUGCAGAGCUCUCGCUUUGGUUGGUUGUUAGCUGGUCCGUAUUCAGCGCCCAGUUUACCUACCCGUGUACAUUGCUGCAAGGCGACAGUUACCUCCGACGAACUGCACGCUAUAACGCAAUUUCUCGACGCUGACGGUCCACCACGCGAUACCGACAAACGAACUUCCGAUGAACGAGAGUGCGAGCGCAUUUUUGAUGAAACCUACCAACGUGACGAGACCGGACGCUUCAUCGUUGCACUCCCACGUCGCCCAGGGUUGACAGUCGGUGAAUCGCGUAACCAGGCAGUCGCUCAGCUACGACGCACUCGCAUCGAUGACCAGUACCAGCAGUUUAUGACGGAGUACGAAGAUCUCGGUCAUAUGACGCGCUGCGCACCUCCGACUCCAGAUCAAGAAGUAUACUACCUACCGCAUCAUGCAGUAUACCACAACGGUAAAAUUCGAGUGGUAUUCAACGCCUCUGCUCCAUCCAGUAACGGUCUGUCCCUCAACGACAUCAUCUACGUGGGACCGACACUACAGCCGAAGCUUGCGACAAUCAUAACGAGAUUUCGAACGCACGAGUUCGCGUUCACCGGCGAUGUCAUCAAGCUCUACCGACAGAUUCUCCGUGCGAUGAUACACAGAGACCUACAACGAAUUGUAAUGUUCAUCGAUGGUCAGCUUGUUGACUUCCAGCUCAAUACAGUAACUUACGGAGAGGGUUGCGCACCCUAUGACGCGACAAGAUGCCUCAUGCAGCUUGCCAGCGACGGCGAAGCCGAUUUUCCAGCGGCUGCUGAAGUUCUCCGACGCGAAACGUACAUGGAUGACAGCACAUCAGGCGCCGACACAAUUGAAGCGGCGCAACAGCUCCGAGAUGACCUCGUUUCUCUACUUCGAACCGCUGGGAUGGAAUUUUCGCCAUCGAAAUGGCGCGCGAACCAUCCUGCAUUACAGCUACCUAGUUCUGAACCCAUCGAUCCUAAGAUACAAGCGCGUGGCAAUGUACUGGGUAUCGAAUGGGACACAGCCGCUGACACGUUCCUGUUUUCGAAUCUUGCUGAUUUGAAGUCGCCCGAGACUCCAUUUACUCGACGAACUGCACUUUCGUUAGUAGCGAAGAUAUUCGACCCAUUGGGGUGGCUGUCUCCCCUCACCGUUACAGGAAAGUUACUAAUCCAGGAGUUGUGGUUAGAGAAGGCGGAUUGGGACGACCGGAUCUCGCCUAGCAUGCAGCCACGUUUCAACGAAUUUGUUUCGAAGAUCCCAGUUCUUGCAGACAUCAGUAUCGAUCGUUAUCUUGGCACCGGCGACGUCAAACUUAUGCAAUACGAAGUGCAUGGGUUCUCUGAUGCAAGUAAACAAGCGUUCGCUGCGUGCGUCUACAUUCGACAAGUUAACGGACCUGAUGUUACUGUCAGAUUGGUACAAGCAAAGACAUGUGUUGCGCCACGUACCACAGCACGUACGAUUCCUCAGCUGGAGCUGUGCGCCGCUCUUCUUCUUGUCGAAUUACUGAAGGAGGUAUGCAGCGCACUCGACUACCCCAUCAAUCGAUGCAAGUUAUACACAGAUUCAACAAUCGUACUCGCUUACCUGGCAAAGGAUGCCGGUCAUUGGAAGCCGUUCGAGGCUAACCGUGUGCGGAAAAUCACCGAAGUUGUCGCGGUGGACCAGUGGCGACAUAUCCCAGGAGAACUAAAUCCAGCCGAUUUAGCAACACGCGAAGACUCAUUCGAAAAGUUCCUCGCCAACCAACAGCUGUGGUUGUGCGGUCCUGAGUUCCUACAUCAGAUCGACGAUUCCAGCGGUCUAGUCCGCUCAGUUGAUCAUAUUGAUCCAGAUUUCGUAGUCCUAACCACCAGAGUUGCUGUCAACUCUCGACCAGUUUCCCUGAUGGAAUUCAACUUCGUCUUACGUCGUACGUCUCAGCUGUGCGGACUCAAGCAUACCAUCGGCCACAUCGUUCGUCUUGGCCAGCGUAUCCGUGCCCGGAGUCAAGGCCUCCCAGAGCCCACUGGUGCGCUGACAGCAGCUGAACUUAGUCAAGCCUUCGACUGGCUCAUCCGAGUAGCACAGGCUUCCUCCUUUCCAGCCGAAAUCCGUGCACUACAGCAGAGUAAGCCGAUUCCGAAGAAAAGCUCUCUAGUAUCUUUGACUCCGUUCCUCGACGACAAUGGCGUGCUGCGAGUUGGUGGUCGACUUGCUAACGCUGCACUACCCUUUCAUCAGAAACAUCCGAUACUGUUACAUACUACAAGUCGCCUAGCUACGUUAAUCAUACGCGACGCGCAUCACCGCUAUUUUCAUGCUGGAGAAAGAUUCAUCUUGAAUUUUCUACGCUCUCGAUACUGGUUCAAUGGGAACUUGUCUAACGCCAUCAAGAAGUGCAUCCAUACCUGUGCUCGCUGUAUUCGAUUCGCCAUACGACGACCAGAGAUGCCACUGAUGGGAGACCUACCAGCGGUGCGCGUUAACGUAUCCUCACCUUUCCAUGACGUCGGUAUCGAUUAUGCCGGACCUAUCUCGACUCGAGGCAAGGCACGCACUGCUCGUGGCCCUGCACUCACCGUUAAAUCAUACUUCGCUAUCUUUGUGUGCAUGACAACGAAGGCUGUCCAUCUCGAAGUUGUGUCAGAGUUGACUACGGACGCCUUCAUCGCUACCUUACGACGAUUUGCCGCCAGACGCGGUUUUCCACAAUCCAUUACAUCUGAUAACGGCACGAACUUUGUCGGUGCGGAUGCCGAAUUCCAGAAAUGGAUUGCUCGACUUGCCAAGGACGAAGCUGUACAGAAUUUCAGCGCUGACAACGGUUUCCGCUGGGUUUUCAACCCCCCUUCAGCUCCGCACAUGGGCGGACUAUACGAAGCAGCCGUGAAGUCAGCAAAGUACCACUUCAAGCGCGUCGUUGGGACGCAACUGCUGACGUUUGAAGAACUUACCACUUUGUUGGCGCAGAUCGAGUCAAUUUUAAACUCGAGACCGAUUGCGCCCUUAGCUCCGUCUGGUGCUGGAAUCGAAGCACUUACCCCAGCUCAUUUCCUGAUUGGGCGUUCGCUCCUUUCCGCUCCUGGCGAAUACACCGAACCUACUCGACUGAACUUCACCCAGCGCUGGCAUCUCCUCCAGCAACUACGGAAUUCGUUCUGGCCGAAAUGGAGCAAGGAAUAUCUACGAGUACUCCAGCGACGUAACAAGUGGACUAAUGUCUCCACCAGGCCAUUCCAGAUCGGCGAUAUCGUGUUGAUUGCCGACGAAACUUCCGCUCCGUUAUCGUGGCCUCUUGGCCAGGUUACUCGAAUUUUUCCCGGUGCUGAUGGUCGCACCCGGGUCGUUGACCUUCGUACUCGCAACAGUUCAAUACUUAGACGACCAGUUUCGAAAUUGGUCCUACUCGUCGAUCAAGCCGACUUGGAUGAUCAUCCGGCUCUUUCGGGCCCAGCCUCCAUGGACCCGACGGCGGCGGGAUGUUGA